AACAAAUUCAAAAAGCAAAACACUGGAAGAGAAAGAAAAGAUUGAGAUCAAACCUAACUUAAAGAGAGGGGUACCGAGCGGCAAAGCGAGCAUCUCACAUGCACCUAACUCCAUGCUUGGGCGAAAGGAUAAAAAGGGCUCUGAGAACUAUAUAAACGAUACUCAGCAUUUACAAGGAAAUUCCAUCCCAGUUAAAGACGAAAACCGUCACAGGUCUUUCUCUAACAAGAUACUGGCAAAUCAUCCGGAAAAAUCUGACAAACUCGAAGGAAGAGACAAUGCGACAAAUGGCCAAGUAAAAACACGUGUAACGCAAGGUCCAGGAAAUGGCGUAACACAUGCUUCAGGAAGUGGCGUGACGCAUGAUUCAGGAGGCGGCUCAAAAGAUUAUCCGGGAAGAAGCGUGACACGCGAUUCAACUGAUGAUACAAAACAUGAUCCUGGAAGUGGCUCUAUUCGAGAUCCAAACCCCACAUCAUCAGAUCUACUGACCAAGGCAACUAAACGCCACCAUUCAAAGCAUGUUUCUGAUAAUGAAAUAGUCAAACAUAAAGUAUCCCAUUCUCCUCAACAAGUGAUUGACGCUCAAUACAAGCAACUUAGUAAGCUAAAGCCAAUGUCAAAGCAACCAAACAAGCCUAACUCGGAGAGUGUUCCACCGCCAAAAGAUACUAAAUAUGAGCAUUUCAGCAAGGUGAAGAUGUCACCAAAAUCGCACCAAGAUUUUCAGGCCUCACGGAAAACCAAAGAGGAACGGCCACCUAGCACCUCGAAUUCGGAAGAUCACCAAGCAGCUAUCAAAGGAAUUGAUGACAAAUUGACGUCCAGUAAACUAAAGAAUAGUUCUUCUGGAAGGGAACAAACUCCUGCAGAGGAGGACAAACAAUCAUCGAAAUCUCACCAAGUUGAAGUCUUAACGUCUCGCACUCCUCCCACUUCUCUUCUGACGACUUCAAACGACGAUAACACAUACAGCAUUAAACAGAUUGUGCAAGGACCAAGGGGCUCGAGUUUUGUUUACGGAAUCCACAACGAUGAUAAAGUUCACAAUUUGGAGAAAAAGGUUUCGAGGCUGGAGAGCGAGGUUACAGUUUUGGAGACAGCGAUGGCAGAUUUGGCGAAGCGCCUGCUGGUCGUAGAACAAAAGUCAGAAGUCCCUCAGCCAACAAUGCCGACCAUUAUCCACUCUUCCAUAAAAUCCGAGCCUGAAGAGAAGCAUCCAGCUCACAACCAGCAAACCAAUGUCUACAUUUCAAAAGACGAGGCUCCAAAACUACCAAAUCCCGAAAAGAUUGUCAUACCAAUUUCAUCUCUGUUCCCCGAAAGAUCAGGGCACGUAAGCAAACCUUCUCAUUUCAUUCAUGAGGAACAAGAAACCAAAGUUGACACUCACCUCGAGAAUGAAGACCAGGUGAAGCCUCAAGAUAGUGCUCGGCUAAGUUUGCGUGGAGGGGCUCAAUCAUCGCCCUCCUCCGAGGCCCACGCGGUGGUGCGCCCCAUAGUGAACAUCAUAGUACCAAACAACAGAGCAGACUUGUUCCCUGAUGGAGUUUCACCAGCAUGCAUUCCAAGAUGUCAAAAUGGCGGAAGGUGCUUAGAAGGGAACUCUUGUAGAUGCCCGACCUUUUUCACAGGGGACCAUUGUGAGAGAUUUUCUCUCAAGGAUCUACUGGAGAGCCCUGAUCUCCGGGAGAGACCUUACAGAAAACUCCAACGAAUAGUCGUGUCAGAACCACCAGAUCGUCAGAUACUUGAUGGUACUCUAAACUUAGAUUCAGGCCCUCCAGCUGCUGUCGAAUACAGAGACAUAAGCCAGUAUAGAGACUUAAAUCAAGAUACUUUGCCCGCCAAAGAAUUUGUAGCCAAGCAACAGCAGACAGAGUCUACUUUACCUACCAAUGAUGCAGAAAUAGAUGGCGGUUCAAGAAGAAGACAACUUAUCCUCGAAAUUUAAAAAAAUCCUGUUAGGAUUUGAACUGAAAUUGAUGAUUGCAUCAAUCUGUUAAUCUCUUUGAAUGGUACCGCGGAAAUAUCCUUAGUCAUCACAAUUACUUAUGAGGGAACUCAGGCAAAACCACAGACACCGUCAUCGUCUCUCAUUAAAACUCAAAUCUGCCUUCACGGCGGCUUGCAAGGGAGCUGGCGCCAUUAGAGACAGCGAGACAAAUGCUUGCUAAUUUUGUAAUCGGCGUCACUCUGGUGAUUGCCUUAGUUCCCGAACAAAUAACAUUUUUUUAGAUACCGAAAAAAAAUAUAGUACGAGAAAAAGAGGGUCAUCCUAGGUAAGGUCACGCGAUCAUUCACAGAAAGUUAUAUCGUCUUCCAUUUCAUGUUUUCUUACACUUGGGAGAUCGUUUUACAUAUGAGUAUGAAUAAAUGUAAAUAGCGGUAGUUUGAAAGGUAAGUAGAUUGUAGGAGGAAAAACGAGGCACUAACACAGUGCAGCGAAAUGCAAUAGGUUUUCUGUCCGCGACAAGCUCGGAUUUUCCUUUUUUUAAAUAUGAAUAUUUGAACCGAAUGAGAAACAACACUAACAUUACAAAAGUACGGAACGGGAUAAAAAAAAAAGCUAUACAAAUGUGAAACUAAAUAAGUACUUUUGACCAUUUUCUGAAGAUGUGAACCCCUGAUAGAGAAGUGUCUAUUCUCAAAUUUGAAAAUAAGAAGGGGCCUAACGUCAUGGGACACGUGCAACGGGUGCGGCCAAUCACAAAAUUUCCAGGUUUGAUGGAGGGUUUGUUAAUGUUUAGUUGCAGGUGUGAUUUCUCAUUGAAGCUACAUCAAAAAACUUUUAGCCAUUUUACGAGGUAUUUUACGAGGCAAGGUACGAGGUUUUGGAAAAACAUGAAAGAACCAGAAAAAUAUUAGUUUAGUAUGAAAGAAAAACUUUAAAAAGUGAAGGAAAAACCAACGAUAAACGAUGGUGACCAAGGAUGAUGAAGAUUUGCAAUGAUUGCAAAUGAGGAAUUUUAAACUUGAGGCUUAACUUUUGAGUUGCAAAAGCUGCGAUGUAACUUCUUCCAGCCCCCUUAUGCGAUCCUAAUGUAAAACAAAUAGAUAAAAAACCAUGUCAGAAGCCCAUUACUUGGGCUCCUGACCAUGUAAAUAUGGCAUUUUGGUACAAGUAGCGUGAUAGUGACCUCGUCGGGAAAAUUGGUUUUUGUAAUUUCACUUUGAAAAGUUUAUAAUAAAAAUAUAUUUUUGUUCGUUACGA